UUCUGUACGCCUGUUUGGAAGAUUUCACCUCACUUUCUGUCCCUGUGGCCACUGAUUGAGGUUCUGGAUUUUAGCCUCACUUUUGGACUCUUGCUUGCUGAGGUGUUCCUGCGAGUACCACUGUAGGAGCCGGAACUGUCAGUGCCUUGGUCCUGUCUUACAGGCUGCCCUCUCAAUGUGAUGAGGUGGCUAUGGAGACAUUCAUGGAAAAACUAUAGCAAAAUGUGCAGCAGGACUUCCCACAGAAACUGGUCCAUGAAAUCACGAGGAGUCAGAAACGACUGAACGAAUGAACAACAACAAAGUGUAAGAGCGCAAGACACAAGCCAGUGGGUCCUGAAUGUGGUUAACAGCGCUGUGACGUCACUGUCGCGGGGUUGUAUUGAAGAAGCGCGCCCCUUAGAGGUUAGAGGCGCGCGCACGGCUUCUUAGCAGCAGAAUGAAUAAUACUCGCGCCUUCCUUCCCUCUUUCCCGCGCGAGCAUGGAGGGCAGAGAAAGGUCCACCAGGCGCAUGCGCCCUGCGCCUCCUCGCUUUGGCGUCUGUUGCUGCUGGGAGGGGCUCUUCUGCGCGGAGUUUGCUUCAUGGCGACGCCGACGGAGCUGAGUCGCUCGGUGGAGCGCUGGAGGAGGCGCUACCUGGCGCGAGAGGAUUAUUCUCCAGAUAUAAGUCAUGAAAAAAGUAAAAGUAGAAGGGCCCUGCUACUUGCAGAUGAAGUGGACAGUUCACUUGACGCUACAAUUACAUCUUUACUCAUAAAUUCCUCACAGCCAAAUCAAUCUGAGAGAAAGUACAGUAAAAAACAGUUUUUGGAUUCCUCAAAGAAUUUUAAAAACUUUAACCGGCUGGAUGAUGUGUUGGAUUCUCUGUGUGGUUCAAACCAGCUUGACACAGAGCCAGGGCUCAGUGGAAAAGUUCUUGGAAGUAAUGAAACUCAAAAUGGAGGCACAUAUUCAGAAACAGAUAUUACACUGCCUUCAAGUUUGACAGUGGCUACAUGUUGUGAUUAUGAUAGUGGCGGUGAUGAAGUAAAAAAGAGUGUGGACAUUCAUGAAACAAAAGAAUUAAUUGGGAAAAAACUGAUACCAUCUCACUUCAGUCAAAUUUAUCAUGAAUUAUCUAUUAUAUAUCAAAAGCUGCAGCAAGAAAAACUAACUCAACAAGAAUUUGCUUUGCAACUCAAAAAACAAGAACGCUUCUUAGUUGAACGAGAAGCCCGACUCUGUAGACAUGAGGCUGCCUUGACCAAGAUAAGAGAUGUAGAAGAGGAAGCUCGCACAAAAUUUCAAAUUAUGAAGGAGCAACACGAAGCUGAAAUUCAACAGUUAUCUGAAGCUCUGAAAGAAAAAACUAAAGAAAACAAAAGGCUUAAGACAUCAUUUGAAACUUUAAAAGAGCUGAAUGAUACUUUAAAAAAACAGUUAAGUGAUGUAAGUGAACAAAACAAGAAGCUAGAAGUCCAGUCUCAAAGAGUACAAGCUCGCUUAGAGAAUUUGCAGAGGAAAUACGAAUUUUUAUCAAUACAAAAGUCCAAAGGAGCUUCCCGCACUAGCUUAGAGCUUAAAACUGUCAAGCCAGAAAAAGCUAUAGCAUCAUCAAAAUCAUAUAAGGUACCUUUUAAUUCACACACCUAUGACCUUUUAACCGUCUUAAUGGACUGGAUUUCCGAUCAGCACCUCAGCAAAUUGAUAGCAGAGGAAGAGAAAGAAGACACUCACAAAUUAUCAGUCACUUCCAACAAACAUUAUGUCCAGGAGAAGUGUAUCAAGUGCUUACCUCUGGUUUCCGAACAACUCCAAUGGAUGCCCUUUGUAAAUCCAAACUUGCAUUUUCAUGUGGUUAAAUUUCUUUACUGGACUUUAAGGCAGUUGGAUGGGGGGAUGCAGUAUGCAACGAUGACAUCAACAUUGAGAAGACUGGGUGAAGAGUUAUUUAAAGGUGUUGUUGCUAAGGGAAAUCAAUACACUUCUGAAAAUGCUGCUGAUACCAAACUAAAGUCAGCGGCUUUCUUCAAAAGCAGCAGUUUACCUUUAAGGAUGGUGUCAACUUUAAUAAUAAUCAAAACAGUGACACAAGCGGAUUACUUGGCUCAAGCCUUUGAUUCACUUUGCAUUGAUCUGAAAACAGAUGAAGGAAGGGCCUUGUUUUUGGACUAUGAAGCGGUGCCUGUUAUAUUGAGUCAUAUACGAAUAUCAAGUAAAGGCCUUCUUUCCAAUGCCAUUGAUAGUUUACUUCAAAUGACAACAGAAUCCAGAUUUUUGCGUCAGUUUCUAGAAGCUUGCAGUAACGAGGCAUUUUUCCGUACUUGUUCAGUGCUUCUUCGCAAUCCUAAACUGGAUACGCAGAUACUGGAAAAACUCAGCAUUCUACUGCAAAAGCUCUCCAAAAUUAAGAGCAAUAAGAAGAUGUUUGAGCUGUUUACUAUUCACCUGAUGAUUCAAGAGCUACAGAGGACAGCACACCCAGAUCAUGCUUUUUUAUGUAUUAACCUCAAUUCAAUUCUCUUUAAUUUGGGUUUGACAAAAAGCCACAAUCUUUCAAAUAGUCUAAACCAGCAGCAAGGUGCAUUGAAUUGAUAUUUGUUUCUUCUAGCUAAUCUAAUAGAUCAUUUGAAACACAAGUAGAGUCUUUUUAAGGGGGCCUUACUAUAUUAAACAGACUAUUGAUUGUUUUACCUUUCUGUAAACAUUUUUAUAAGAUUUACAACAUGGUCUUGAUUCUCCAGUUCUCUGAAUCAAUACGGAGCAUCCUUAUAAUAAAGUAGUCCUUUACCUGGUAAGACAAAGAUGAUUAAAUGUUGUAGCCUGGGAAUCUGGAGCAGGGUGUGUGUGCACUGAAUAGUCAGUCCUAUUUGCUGAAAAAAUCCUCAGCACUAAAUGAGAGGAUAUUCCAACAGUUCCAGUAAUAACUCAGAAUCUUUGGUCAGCCUCUUGUGAAGAAAAGACAGAAGUGAUUGGCAGAGAAGCCUUGGAAAGAUGGUUUGAGAGCAUCUCAUCAGCCUCCUACCACAAGGGGAUUGCUUUCUGAAGUUCUCAGGGAUAUUGCCGCUAUCUUCACUGGCUUCUUUAGUAAUCCCAUCCUUAAAGCUUUAUCUCUGAAUUCCCAUAAUAGAAAUGCAUUUCAUUUGAUAUGAGAACUUUUGCAAAGUAUUCUAAUUUCUGUAUAUUUGGCAGGGAAAACCCCAGUUACUGAAAUCAAAUUCUGAAAUAAUUUGACCCUGAUCUAUGUUAUUUUGCUUCCAUUCUCCAGCAGGGACAAAACAUACAUAGGUGCUGCUGUGUAUUGGUCCCACAGCUUUUUCUAAUAGAUAUUCUAAUUUCUGCUGUACCAGAAGAGCAAAUACCCAGUUGUUGAUAAAUGAAUAAUUAUGUGACCAUCAGAUAUUGCUAGAGUUCAUCUCCCAGCAUUCUUCCUUGUAAUGCAGCCAUCACUGGAGAGCCAUGUGAUUUUCACCCUUGAUUUGUUUACUUAAAAUAUCUGUAAUUUUCCUGUCAACUUUAUGUUUAAACUUUUUUGCCAUACAUUAAAAAUAUAAAUAUAAUUUUAAACUGUGGAGUUGUGUUUAAUUUUGUAUUUGUUGAAAUUUUAUUAUAGAAUAAAUUGAAUGAGUACAUUGUCACGGGUAAGUUUUUUCUGAGUCCUGCAGUAUGAGGUUGACGGAUUAUCCUACACUAUCAUUUUAGUAUAGGAUAUAUAAGUUUCUUCUUUGUGGUCUCUGAAUCACCUAAUUGUGUGAAUUCACACAUUACCACUUGAAGAAAUUCAAGGCCCUUCCACAUAGCCAUAUAAUUCAGAAUAUAAAGGCAGGAAAUUCCACAAUAUCUUCUAUGAAUUGGGUUAUCUGAGUCAACACUGCCAUAUAUCCCAGUUCAAAGGAGAAAAUGUGGGAUUUUAUUCAGUUGUGUGGAGGGGGCACAUUUACAGGUAAGCAACCUGUCCUUAUUCCUUCUACCAAUUCUUGAGUUUGUAGGAUUUAUAAAAUUGGUAAUUCUGUUUGAAAUCUGCCCUAUUCUGUUACAUAUGUUGUAUCUAGAACUGUCAUUCAGAGAAGACUGUGAAUACAAAUUACUAAAAGAUUGGUUCAUUUCAAAUGUGCAUGGAUUGUUAUUUUUAAAAUUCCAUAUAAAAUUUUCUAAAAUUGGAAGCAUCGAAGGCAAGCCUACAUUGUCCUGAAACUACAUAACAUUUCUACCAAUAAAAUAAAAUUAAAAUACCCUCCAUUAUUCUCCUAACAGUUGGUGUUUCUGAGCAAUAUCUUUUUCAAGCAUUGCAAAAGCAAAAAGGAAAUGGCAUUUCAGUUUCUAAAAGUUAAAGGAACUGAUAGCUGAAGAAAAUACUUGUGGGACAAAAAUGAGAUUAUAGAUGGGGGGGGGUGUGUCUUAGUUUUGCUAAUGAUGACUACGUUGUACUCUGCAUAUCACAGAGCAUGUGUUUUUUUCUGUCAAGAGAUAGAUACAUUCUUUUGAUUUACCGUACAUUUUUUCAACACUUUUGUUUUUAAAAUGAAGGGAAACAUGUCAAUGAAAAGACAUUGGAUAAUUUCAGUCUUUCUACUGCAAAAGGUGGUCUGCCUCCAUAAACUCAAGAAAUCAGUCAUAGAUUUCAUAUGCUUUGUGCAAACAUUCUUGAGAGUGGCAAUUUGCAUUGUGGGAUGAUUUCAGUUCAAGCCCACAUAGGUGGAAAACCAGAGGCAUGCUUACUUAAGUGGCUUAUUUUUCCAUUUCAUGCAUGUGGGUAACUUCCAUAAGAAAUAUUUUGUAUGUGAAUACUGAGCUAAUUUUUUCCAUUACUUAAAGUUUAUGAGACUGACAUACAAUUAUGAGUAUAAAUGUAAUUGUGCCGCCCACUUUCUAAAACUAAAACUUGUGCGCCAGCUGCGCCCGUACCUUGGGAAGUCUGACUUGGCCACGGUGGUCCACGCUUUGGUUACAUCCCGUUUAGAUUACUGCAACGCUCUCUACGUGGGGUUGCCUAUGAAGACUGCCUGGAAGCUCCAACUAGUCCAACGUGCGGCAGCCAGAAUGCUAACACGAGCAGGGUACAGGGAGCAUACUACUCCUCUGUUGCGCCAGCUCCACUGGCUGCCAAUUAGCUUCCGAGCACAAUUCAAAGUGCUGGUGUUAACCUAUAAAGCCCUAAAUGACUCCGGCCCAGUUUACCUGUCCGAACGUAUUCUCCCCUAUGAACCAUCUAGGUUGUUAAGAUCGUCUGGAGGGGCCCUGCUCUCGGUCCCACCAGCCUCUCAGGCGCGUCUGGUGGGGACGAGGGACAGGGCCUUCUCGGUGGUGGCCCCUCAACUCUGGAACUCUCUCCCACUGGAGAUCAGAACUGCCCCCUCCAUUCUGUCAUUCAGAAAACGGGUGAAAACCUGGCUAUGGGGUUUGGUUUUCAACGAGUGAAUCAAUAUUUCUGUGAUUGGAUAGAUGACGAUGAAUGAUGGACAACGAAUUCACUAUGACGACUGACCAUUGUUAUUAUGUGAUUGCAUUUCGCUAUUAUAACGUUUUAAUUGAACAUGUCGUAUGAUGUUUUUAAUGAUUGUUUUGUGAUUUUACUGUUGGAAACCGGCCCGAGUCCCCCUUUAGAGGGGAGAAGACCGGUAUACAAAAUUGCUAAAUAAAUAAAUAAAUAAAUUUCUAAAA